UUAUCCAAACUAUUCCACAAAAUUGAAACAGAUGGAGCCCUACCGAAUUCCUUCUACGAAGCCACAAUUACUCUUAUACCUAAACCACACAAAGACACAACAAAGAAAGAGAACUUCAGACCAAUUUCCCUUAUGAAUAUCGACGCAAAAAUACUCAAUAAAAUUCUGGCAAACCGAAUUCAAGAGCACAUCAAAACAAUCAUCCACCAUGAUCAAGUAGGCUUCAUCCCAGGCAUGCAGGGAUGGUUUAAUAUAUGGAAAACCAUCAACGUGAUCCAUUAUAUAAACAAACUGAAAGAACAGAACCACAUGAUCAUUUCAUUAGAUGCUGAGAAAGCAUUUGACAACAUUCAACACCCCUUCAUGAUAAAAGUCCUGGAAAGAAUAGGAAUUCAAGGCCCAUACCUAAACAUAGUAAAAGUCAUAUACAGCAAACCAGUAGCUAACAUUAAACUAAAUGGAGAGAAACUUGAAGCAAUCCCACUAAAAUCAGGGACUAGACAAGGCUGCCCACUCUCUCCCUACUUAUUCAAUAUAGUUCUUGAAGUUCUAGCCAGAGCAAUCAGAAAACAAAAGGAGAUCAAAGGGAUACAGAACGGAAAAGAAGAGGUCAAAAUAUCACUAGUUGCAGAUGACAUGAUAGUAUAUUUAAGUGAUCCCAAAAGUUCCACCAGAGAACUACUAAAGCUGAUAAACAACUUCAGCAAAGUGGCUGGGUAUAAAAUUAACUCAAAUAAAUCAGUUGCCUUCCUCUAUACAAAAGAGAAACAAGCCGAGAAAGAAAUUAGGGAAACGACACCCUUCAUAAUAGACCCGAAUAAUAUAAAGUACCUCGGUGUGACUUUAACCAAGCAAGUAAAAGAUCUGUACAAUAAGAACUUCAAGACACUGAGGAAAGAAAUUGAAGAAGACCUCAGAAGACGGAAAGAUCUCCCAUGCUCAUGGAUUGGCAGGAUUAAUAUAGUAAAAAUGGCCAUUUUACGAAAAGCGAUCUACAGAUUCAAUGCAAUCCCCAUCAAAAUACCAAUCCAAUUCUUCAAAGAGUUAGACAGAACAAUUUGCAAAUUCAUCUGGAAUAACAAAAAACCCAGGAUAGCUAAAGCUAUCCUCAACAAUAAAAGGACUUCAGGGGGAAUCACUAUCCCUGAACUCAAGCAGUAUUACAGAGCAAUAGUGAUAAAAACUGCAUGGUAUUGGUACAGAGACAGAAAGAUAGACCAAUGGAAUAGAAUUGAAGACCCAGAAAUGAACCCACACACCUAUGGUCAGUUGAUUUUUGACAAAGGAGCCAAAACCAUCCAAUGGAAAAAAGAUAGCAUUUUCAGCAAAUGGUGCUGGUUCAACUGGAGAGCAACAUGUAGAAGAAUGCAGAUCGAUCCAUGCUUAUCACCCUGUACAAAGCUUAAGUCCAAGUGGAUCAAGGACCUCCACAUCAAAGCAGACACACUCAAACUAAUAGAAGAAAAACUAGGGAAACAUCUGGAACACAUGGGCACUGGAAAAAAUUUCCUGAACAAAACACCAAUGGCUUAUGCUCUAAGAUCAAGAAUCGACAAAUGGGAUCUCAUAAAACUGCAAAGCUUCUGUAAGGCAAAGGACACUGUGGUUAGGACAAAACGGCAACCAACAGAUUGAGAAAAGAUCUUUACCAAUCCUACAACAGAUAGAGGCCUUAUAUCCAAAAUAUACAAAGAACUCAAGAAGUUAGACCGCAGGGAAACAAAUAAUCCUAUUAAAAAAUGGGGUUCAGAGCUAAACAAAGAAUUCACAGCUGAGGAAUGCCGAAUGGCUGAGAAACACCUAAAGAAAUGUUCAACAUCUUUAGUCAUAAGGGAUAUGCAAAUCAAAACAACCCUGAGAUUUCACCUCACACCAGUAUGAUUGGCUAAGAUCAAAAACUCAGGUGACAGCAGAUGCUGGCGAGGAUGUGGAGAAAGAGGAACACUCCUCCAUUGUUGGUGGGAUUGCAAACUGGUAAAACCAUUCUGGAAAUCAGUCUGGAGGUUCCUCAGAAAAUUGGACAUUGAACUGCCUGAGGAUCCAGCUAUACCUCUCUUGGGCAUAUACCCAAAAGAUGCCUCAACAUAUAAAAGAGACACGUGCUCCACUAUGUUCAUCGCAGCCUUAUUUAUAAUAGCCAGAAAAUGGAAAGAACCCAGAUGCCCUUCAACAGAGGAAUGGAUACAGAAAAUGUGGUACAUCUACACAAUGGAAUAUUACUCAGCUAUCAAAAACAACGAGUUUAUGAAAUUCGUAGGCAAAUGGUUGGAACUGGAAAAUAUCAUCCUGAGUGAGCUAACCCAAUCACAGAAAGACAUAUAUGGUAUGCACUCAUUGAUAAGUGGCUAUUAGCCCAAAUGCUUGAAUUACCCUAGAUCCCUAAAACAAACGAAACUCAAGACGGAUGAUCAAAAUGUGAAUGCUUCACUCCUUCUUUAAAUGAGGAAAAAGAAUACCCUUGGCAGGGAAGGGAGAGGCAAAGACUAAAACAGAGACUGAAGGAACACCCAUUCAGAGCCUGCCCCACAUGUGGCCCAUACAUACACAGCCACCCAAUUAGACAAGAUGGAUGAAGCAAAGAAGUGCAGACCGACAGGAGCCGGAUGUAGAUCGCUCCUGAGAGACACAGCCAGAAUACAGCAAAUACAGAGGCGAAUGCCAGCUGCAAACCACUGAACUGAGAAUAGGUCCUCUAUUGAAGGAAUCAGAGAAUGAACUGGAAGAGCUUGAAGGGGCUCGAGACCCCAAAAGUACAACAAUACCAAGCAACCAGAGCUUCCAGGGACUAAGCCACUACCUAAAGACUAUGCAUGGACUGACCCUGGACUCUGACCCCAUAGGUAGCAAUGAAUAUCCUAGUAAGAGCACCAGUGGAAGGGGAAGCCCUGGGUCCUGCUAAGACUGAACCCCCAGUGAACUAGUCUAUGGGGGGAGGGCGGCAAUGGGGGGAGGGUUGGGAGGGGAACACCCAUAAGGAAGGGGAGGGGGAGGGGGAUGUUUGCCCGGAAACCGGGAAAGGGAAUAACACUCGAAAUGUAUAUAAGAAAUACUCAAGUUAAUAAAAAAAAAAAGAGAUUUCAUCUUAAAAAAAAAUAAAAAAAAAUUAGAGUCAUGAUAAAUGGUAGGAUUUUUAAGGUUAUUAUGCAUAAAAAUAUCUUACGUCUGUGGCCAUCAAUUAUGGUAUAGGUAUAUUUGGCAGUCUCUACAUGAUUCCACCUCUAAAUGACCUAAUUUUUGUACUGUCGUGCUGUCAUGUGACACUUUACCAUCCCUAAAUAUAAUAUUUGAUAAGAGAGAAACCCUAAGCAUUAAAGAACAAUCUUUUGAGAUUUUACUAGAGGAAUAGAAAACAUUCAGAGAACAAAAGGUGAUCUUCUCUUUUGUCAGUCUAUGACAAAUGCUUUUUCAUGUAAAGAGCAAAGUCACAGAGCCUAGAAUGCUCAUAAAACUAGUGUUUGUGUUAUUUGAGUCAACUGUGUGAUGACACUAAGAAGUUGGAUAGAAGAAUGAAGAGCUCAAAUUUGGAGUAUGCAUGACUUUUCACGUGGAAAAAAACUUGAAUUUUGGUGUAUGUUUGAUUAGAGCAGAAGGCACAUGCUACACAAUCUCUGUGAUUCCAUCAACUACACUCAAUAUAAUAUCAAUAUGCCAUGAGCACAUCUUCUCAUGAAAGAUUAGAAUACAAAUUUGAAAUUUUCCUGAACUCAGAAAAUUAUACCUGACUCUGAUGGUCUUGUGACACCAGUCCUUUUUAAUUCACUAUAAAAACCAGUGAUAUUCUGCUACAGAGACAUUCAAAUACUUGAGUAUUGCAUGAGUAACUUUUCAUCAUUCAAUUAAAUACUAAUUUUUAAGAAUAUGUGGGAGUAUAUAAAGUAUUUUUCAAAUUUAAUUAUACUACACAAUAUUACUGGGAAGAGAUAAAUCUGUGUACUUUUAAAACACAGAUAAAAUCAGAUCAUCUUGGGAAGAAGAAUGUCUAGGAUAAAUAAGAUCUUGUCCUGUCCACAUUCUUUUUUUUUUUUUUGGUUCUUUUUUUUUCGGAGCUGGGGACCGACCUGUCCACAUUCUUAUAAGAAGACAUGCACCUCUGUCCUGCCCCAUGGACCUUGUGGAGUCUCGAACAUCGCAGAUCAAAACAUAAAGUGCGCUGGUGCUGGAUGGAGGGCCCAUUGGUCCGGCCCUGUGGGCUCACACGAGGUUAGAGGUAGCUCGCAAGGUCCUGCUGCGCAAGCGCGUCCAAGAUGUCCAUGCUUCUGCAUCUACACAAUGGCUGGCAGGUAGACCAGGCAAUCCAUUCAGAGGAGGACUGUGUGGUCGUCAUUCACUUCGGACACGACUGGGACCCCACUUGCAUGAAGAUAUACAAAGUUCUGUACAGAAUCGCCGAAACGAAAUGGAAGAUAGUGAGAGAUCUUCCUCAUCCUGUAUGA